AUGGACGUCGAAGAUGAAGAGGCGAGAUCUGCUUGGGUGAUUGCCACAUCUCUGUUGCAAUGCACGCAGCAGCAAGGAAGCAGGCAAAGUAGGGAAGUGGUAUUGAACAUCAGUGACGAGCAAAAGAGUCAAUACUUAAAUCAAGAUUUUUAUUCUAAUGCAUAUAAUUACGGCUAUGAAAUCAGUCCUAAUGGACAAUUCCAUCAUGAAGUACGCGGGCCUGACGACAUUACAUAUGGAUGUUAUGGAUACAUAGAUCCAUUUGGAAAAUUAAAAACAACGUUUUAUAUAAGCGAUGGAUGGGGAUAUCGAGUUGUUCAACCAGGAAACGCAGUUGAAUUGUUCCUACACGAACACGAACACCAUCACGAUGACUCGGAACAACACAAUCACGAACACGACGACCAUCACGAUCAUCACGGUGUAAUUACAGAAUGGAGAGACCUAUACUUCCCAGAAAUAUGUAGACAAUUCGAGGGAACAGGUUCCGGAUCUACGACAAUAACAGUACCAGGAUCAGGAUAUCCCGGACAACAAGGAAUGCCUGGAAUACCGGGAGUCCCGGGAGUCCCGGGACGACCAGGUCAACCAGGGCAGCCGGGACAACCAGGAACACCACCUCAACCUGGAUAUCCAGGAACACCAGGUACUCCCGGAACACCCAGUAUACCAGGAACACCAGGAGUACCACCACAACCAGGAUACCCAGGACAACCUGGAACACCUGGAACACCCGGCAUACCUGGCACCCCUGGAACACCACCACAAUCAGGAUAUCCCGGUACACCGGGUACGCCAGGUACAUCGCCGCAACCUGGUUAUCCGGGAACUCCUUCUCAACCUGGAUACCCAGGGAAACCUGGCAAGCCCGGAAUACCUGGACAUCCUGGUACACCUGGAACACCAGGGACGCCAGGUAUUCCACCGCAACCAGGAUACCCAGGAACACCACCUCAACCUGGAUAUCCAGGAACACCUGGUACGCCCGGAAUACCAGGAACACCUGGUACGCCCGGAAUACCUGGAAAACCUAGUACGCCUGGUACACCAGGAACGCCAGGAACACCACCACAACCAGGAUACCCAGGGACACCAUCUCAACCUGGGUACCCAGGAACACCUAAUACGCCCGGAACACCAGGAAUACCAGGAACACCACCACAACCAGGAUUUCCAGGGAAACCAGGCAGGCCCGGAAUACCUGGUCAUCCUGGAAAACCUGGAACACCUGGAACACCCGGAACACCAGGAACGCCUGGUACACCACCACAACCAGGAUACCCAGGAAUACCAGGUACGCCCCAAAUACCAGCACAGCCGGGUACACCCGCAACGCCAGGAACGCCAGGAACGCCAACACAACCAGGAUAUCCAGAGAAACCUGGCAGGCCAGGAAUACCUGGACAUCCUGGAACACCUGGAACACCAGGAAUACCAGGGAUACCGCCACAACCAGGACACCCAGGAACACCUGGAACGCCCGGAACACCUGGAACGCCAGGAACGCCAGGGACGCCACCACAACCAGGAUAUCCAGGGACACCGAUCCCGCCUGGCACACCGUCUCACCCUGGUUAUCCUGGAACACCACCUCAACCAGGAUACCCAGGGAAACCUGGUACGAACGCCAGGCACGCCACCGCAACCAGGCUAUGUUACCCUGGUACACCUGGUACACCUGGUACACCCGGAAUACCUGGACGUCCUGGACCGCCUGGAACACCAGGCACGCCGCCACAUCCAGGAUACCCAGGGACACCGAUUCCACCUGGAAAACCACCACAUCCUGGUUACCCCGGACCACCACCUCAACCAGGAUACCCAGGGAAACCUGGUACGCCAGGAACACCUGGAACGCCAGGAACGCCGGGGACGCCACCGCAACCAGGUUAUCCAGGUACACCGAUUCCUCCUGGCACACCACCUCAUCCUGGUUAUCCAGGAACACCACCACAACCUGGUUACCCUGGUACACCUGGUACACCUGGUACACCCGGAAUACCUGGACGUCCUGGACCGCCUGGAACACCAGGCACGCCGCCACAUCCAGGAUACCCAGGGACACCGAUUCCACCUGGAAAACCACCACAUCCUGGUUACCCCGGACCACCACCUCAACCAGGAUACCCAGGGAAACCUGGUACGCCAGGAACACCUGGAACGCCAGGAACGCCGGGGACGCCACCGCAACCAGGUUAUCCAGGUACACCGAUUCCUCCUGGCACACCACCUCAUCCUGGUUAUCCAGGAACACCACCACAACCUGGUUACCCUGGUACACCUGGUACACCUGGUACACCCGGAAUACCUGGACGUCCUGGACCGCCUGGAACACCAGGCACGCCGCCACAUCCAGGAUACCCAGGGACACCGAUUCCACCUGGAAAACCACCACAUCCUGGUUACCCCGGACCACCACCUCAACCAGGAUACCCAGGGAAACCUGGUACGCCAGGAACACCUGGAACGCCAGGAACGCCGGGGACGCCACCGCAACCAGGUUAUCCAGGUACACCGAUUCCUCCUGGCACACCACCUCAUCCUGGUUAUCCAGGAACACCACCACAACCUGGUUACCCUGGUACACCUGGUACACCUGGUACACCCGGAAUACCUGGACGUCCUGGACCGCCUGGAACACCAGGCACGCCGCCACAUCCAGGAUACCCAGGGACACCGAUUCCACCUGGAAAACCACCACAUCCUGGUUACCCCGGACCACCACCUCAACCAGGAUACCCAGGGAAACCUGGUACGCCAGGAACACCUGGAACGCCAGGAACGCCGGGGACGCCACCGCAACCAGGUUAUCCAGGUACACCGAUUCCUCCUGGCACACCACCUCAUCCUGGUUAUCCAGGAACACCACCACAACCUGGUUACCCUGGUACACCUGGUACACCUGGUACACCCGGAAUACCUGGACGUCCUGGACCGCCUGGAACACCAGGCACGCCGCCACAUCCAGGAUACCCAGGGACACCGAUUCCACCUGGAAAACCACCACAUCCUGGUUACCCCGGACCACCACCUCAACCAGGAUACCCAGGGAAACCUGGUACGCCAGGAACACCUGGAACGCCAGGAACGCCGGGGACGCCACCGCAACCAGGUUAUCCAGGUACACCGAUUCCUCCUGGCACACCACCUCAUCCUGGUUAUCCAGGAACACCACCACAACCUGGUUACCCUGGUACACCUGGUACACCUGGUACACCCGGAAUACCUGGACAUCCUGGACCGCCUGGAACACCAGGCACGCCGCCACAUCCAGGAUACCCAGGGACACCGAUUCCACCUGGAAAACCACCACAUCCUGGUUACCCCGGACCACCACCUCAACCAGGAUACCCAGGGAAACCUGGUACGCCAGGAACACCUGGAACGCCAGGAACGCCAGGAACGCCACCGCAACCAGAUUAUCCAGGUACACCGAUUCCUCCUGGCACACCACCUCAUCCUGGUUAUCCAGGAACACCACCACAACCUGGUUACCCUGGUACACCUGGUACACCCGGAAUACCUGGACAUCCUGGACCGCCUGGAACACCAGGAAAACCUGGCAGGCCCGGAAUACCUGGACAUCCAGGAAAACCCGGCAGGCCCGGAAAACCUGGACAUCCUGGAACACCUGGAACACCAGAAAUACCAGGGACACUACCACAACCAGGAUACCCAGGAACACCUGGUACGCCCGGAAAACCUGGAACGCCAGGAACGCCAGGGACACCAGGGACGCCACCACAACCAGGAUAUCCAGGCACACCGAUCCCACCUGGCACACCGCCACACCCUGGUUACCCUGGAACACCAUCUCAACCAGGAUACCCAGAAAAACCUGGAACACCCGAAACACCUGGACAGCCUGGUACGCCACCACAACCAGGACACCCAGGUACACCAAUCCCGCCUGGCACACCACCUCAUCCUGGUUACCCUGGAACACCAUCUCAACCAGGAUACCCAGAAAAACCUGGAACACCCGGAACACCUGGACAGCCUGGUACGCCACCACAACCAGGACACCCAGGUACACCAAUCCCGCCUGGCACACCACCUCAUCCUGGUUACCCUGGAACACCGCCUCAACCAGGAUACCCAGGGAAACCUGGUACGCCAGGAGCACCUGGCACACCAGGCACGCCAGGCACGCCGCCACAUCCAGGACACCCAGGGACCCCGAUCCCACCUGGGAAACCACCUCAUCCUGGUUACCCUGGAACACCACCUCAACCAGGAUACCCUGGUACGCCCGGAGUACCGGGACAUCCUGGUACGCCAGGAACACCUGGAACUCCGGGGACGCCAGGGACGCCACCACAAUCAGGAUACCCUGGAACACCGAUCCCGUCUGGCACACCACCUCAUCCUGGUCACCCUGGAACACCACCUCAACCUGGUUACCCUGGUACACCUGGUACACCCGGAAUACCUGGACGUCCUGGACCGCCUGGAACACCAGGCACGCCGCCACAUCCAGGAUACCCAGGGACACCGAUUCCACCUGGAAAACCACCACAUCCUGGUUACCCCGGACCACCACCUCAACCAGGAUACCCAGGGAAACCUGGUACGCCAGGAACACCUGGAACGCCAGGAACGCCGGGGACGCCACCGCAACCAGGUUAUCCAGGUACACCGAUUCCUCCUGGCACACCACCUCAUCCUGGUUAUCCAGGAACACCACCACAACCUGGUUACCCUGGUACACCUGGUACACCUGGUACACCCGGAAUACCUGGACGUCCUGGACCGCCUGGAACACCAGGCACGCCGCCACAUCCAGGAUACCCAGGGACACCGAUUCCACCUGGAAAACCACCACAUCCUGGUUACCCCGGACCACCACCUCAACCAGGAUACCCAGGGAAACCUGGUACGCCAGGAACACCUGGAACGCCAGGAACGCCGGGGACGCCACCGCAACCAGGUUAUCCAGGUACACCGAUUCCUCCUGGCACACCACCUCAUCCUGGUUAUCCAGGAACACCACCACAACCUGGUUACCCUGGUACACCUGGUACACCUGGUACACCCGGAAUACCUGGACGUCCUGGACCGCCUGGAACACCAGGCACGCCGCCACAUCCAGGAUACCCAGGGACACCGAUUCCACCUGGAAAACCACCACAUCCUGGUUACCCCGGACCACCACCUCAACCAGGAUACCCAGGGAAACCUGGUACGCCAGGAACACCUGGAACGCCAGGAACGCCGGGGACGCCACCGCAACCAGGUUAUCCAGGUACACCGAUUCCUCCUGGCACACCACCUCAUCCUGGUUAUCCAGGAACACCACCACAACCUGGUUACCCUGGUACACCUGGUACACCUGGUACACCCGGAAUACCUGGACGUCCUGGACCGCCUGGAACACCAGGAUACCCAGGGAAACCUGGUACGCCAGGAACACCUGGAACGCCAGGAACGCCGGGGACGCCACCGCAACCAGGUUAUCCAGGUACACCGAUUCCUCCUGGCACACCACCUCAUCCUGGUUAUCCAGGAACACCACCACAACCUGGUUACCCUGGUACACCUGGUACACCUGGUACACCCGGAAUACCUGGACGUCCUGGACCGCCUGGAACACCAGGCACGCCGCCACAUCCAGGAUACCCAGGGACACCGAUUCCACCUGGAAAACCACCACAUCCUGGUUACCCCGGACCACCACCUCAACCAGGAUACCCAGGGAAACCUGGUACGCCAGGAACACCUGGAACGCCAGGAACGCCGGGGACGCCACCGCAACCAGGUUAUCCAGGUACACCGAUUCCUCCUGGCACACCACCUCAUCCUGGUUAUCCAGGAACACCACCACAACCUGGUUACCCUGGUACACCUGGUACACCUGGUACACCCGGAAUACCUGGACAUCCUGGACCGCCUGGAACACCAGGCACGCCGCCACAUCCAGGAUACCCAGGGACACCGAUUCCACCUGGAAAACCACCACAUCCUGGUUACCCCGGACCACCACCUCAACCAGGAUACCCAGGGAAACCUGGUACGCCAGGAACACCUGGAACGCCAGGAACGCCGGGGACGCCACCGCAACCAGGUUAUCCAGGUACACCGAUUCCUCCUGGCACACCACCUCAUCCUGGUUAUCCAGGAACACCACCACAACCUGGUUACCCUGGUACACCUGGUACACCCGGAAUACCUGGACAUCCUGGACCGCCUGGAACACCAGGCACGCCGCCACAUCCAGGAUACCCAGGGACACCGAUCCCACCUGGAAAACCACCUCAUCCUGGUUACCCUGGACCACCACCUCAACCAGGAUACCCAGGGAAACCUGGUACGCCAGGAACACCUGGACAGUCAGGACACCCAGGUACACCAAUCCCGCCUGGCACACCACCUCAUCCUGGUUACCCUGGAACACCAUCUCAACCAGGAUACCCAGAAAAACCUGGAACACCCGGAACACCUGGACAGCCUGGUACGCCACCACAACCAGGACACCCAGGUACACCAAUCCCGCCUGGCACACCACCUCAUCCUGGUUACCCUGGAACACCGCCUCAACCAGGAUACCCAGGAACACCUGGACAGCCUGGUACGCCACCACAACCAGGACACCCAGGUACACCAAUCCCGCCUGGCACACCACCUCAUCCUGGUUACCCUGGAACACCGCCUCAACCAGGAUACCCAGGGAAACCUGGUACGCCAGGAGCACCUGGCACACCAGGCACGCCAGGCACGCCGCCACAUCCAGGACACCCAGGGACCCCGAUCCCACCUGGGAAACCACCUCAUCCUGGUUACCCUGGAACACCACCUCAACCAGGAUACCCUGGUACGCCCGGAGUACCGGGACAUCCUGGUACGCCAGGAACACCUGGAACUCCGGGGACGCCAGGGACGCCACCACAAUCAGGAUACCCUGGAACACCGAUCCCGUCUGGCACACCACCUCAUCCUGGUCACCCUGGAACACCACCUCAACCUGGUUACCCUGGUACACCUGGUACACCCGGAAUACCUGGACAUCCUGGACCGCCUGGAACACCAGGCACGCCGCCACAUCCAGGAUACCCAGGGACACCGAUCCCACCUGGAAAACCACCUCAUCCUGGUUACCCUGGACCACCACCUCAACCAGGAUACCCAGGGAAACCUGGUACGCCAGGAACACCUGGACAGCCUGGUACGCCAGGAACACCUGGAACGCCAGGAACGCCGGGGACACCACCGCAACCAGGUUAUCCAGGUACACCGAUUCCUCCUGGCACACCAACUCAUCCUGGUUAUCCAGGAACACCACCACAACCUGGUUACCCUGGUACACCUGGGACGCCUGGUACACCCGGAAUACCUGGACAUCCUGGACCGCCUGGAACACCAGGCACGCCACCACAUCCAGGAUACCCAGGAACACCGAUCCCACCUGGGAAACCACCUCAUCCUGGAUACCCCGGACCACCACCUCAACCAGGAUACCCAGGGAAACCUGGUACGCCAGGAACACCUGGAACGCCAGGAAAGCCGGGGACGCCACCGCAACCAGGUUAUCCAGGUACACCGAUUCCUCCUGGCACACAAACUCAUCCUGGUUAUCCAGGAACACCACCACAACCUGGUUACCCUGGUACACCUGGUACACCCGGAAUACCUGGACAUCCUGGACCGCCUGGAACCCCAGGCACGCCGCCACAUCCAGGAUAUCCAGGGACACCGAUACCACCUGGAAAACCACCUCAUCCUGGCUACCCUGGACCACCACCUCAACCAGGAUAUCCAGGGAAACCCGGGAAACCCGGUACGCCAGGAACACCUGGAACGCCAGGAACGCCGGGGACGCCACCGCAACCAGGUUAUCCAGGUACACCGAUUCCUCCUGGCACACCACCUCAUCCUGGUUAUCCAGGAACACCACCACAACCUGGUUACCCUGGUACACCUGGUACACCUGGUACACCCGGAAUACCUGGACAUCCUGGACCGCCUGGAACACCAGGCACGCCGCCACAUCCAGGAUACCCAGGGACACCGAUUCCACCUGGAAAACCACCACAUCCUGGUUACCCCGGACCACCACCUCAACCAGGAUACCCAGGGAAACCUGGUACGCCAGGAACACCUGGAACGCCAGGAACGCCGGGGACGCCACCGCAACCAGGUUAUCCAGGUACACCGAUUCCUCCUGGCACACCACCUCAUCCUGGUUAUCCAGGAACACCACCACCACAACCUGGUUACCCUGGUACACCUGGUACACCCGGAAUCCCUGGACAUCCUGGCCCGCCUGGAACCCCAGGCACGCCGCCACAUCCAGGAUACCCAGGGACACCGAUCCCACCUGGAAAACCACCUCAUCCUGGUUACCCUGGACCACCACCUCAACCAGGAUAUCCAGGGAAACCCGGUACGCCAGGAACACCUGGAACGCCAGGAACGCCAGGAACGCCGGGGACGCCACCGCACCCAGGUUAUCCAGGUACACCGAUUCCUCCUGGCACACCACCUCAUCCUGGUUAUCCAGGAACACCACCACCACAACCUGGUUACCCUGGUACACCUGGUACACCCGGAAUCCCUGGACAUCCUGGCCCGCCUGGAACCCCAGGCACGCCGCCACAUCCAGGAUACCCAGGGACACCGAUCCCACCUGGAAAACCACCUCAUCCUGGUUACCCUGGACCACCACCUCAACCAGGAUAUCCAGGGAAACCCGGUACGCCAGGAACACCUGGAACGCCAGGAACGCCAGGAACGCCGGGGACGCCACCGCACCCAGGUUAUCCAGGUACACCGAUUCCUCCUGGCACACCACCUCAUCCUGGUUAUCCAGGAACACCACCACCACAACCUGGUUACCCUGGUACACCUGGUACACCCGGAAUCCCUGGACAUCCUGGCCCGCCUGGAACCCCAGGCACGCCGCCACAUCCAGGAUACCCAGGGACACCGAUCCCACCUGGAAAACCACCUCAUCCUGGUUACCCUGGACCACCACCUCAACCAGGAUAUCCAGGGAAACCCGGUACGCCAGGAACACCUGGAACGCCAGGAACGCCAGGAACGCCGGGGACGCCACCGCACCCAGGUUAUCCAGGUACACCGAUUCCUCCUGGCACACCACCUCAUCCUGGUUAUCCAGGAACACCACCACCACAACCUGGUUACCCUGGUACACCUGGUACACCCGGAAUCCCUGGACAUCCUGGCCCGCCUGGAACCCCAGGCACGCCGCCACAUCCAGGAUACCCAGGGACACCGAUCCCACCUGGAAAACCACCUCAUCCUGGUUACCCUGGACCACCACCUCAACCAGGAUAUCCAGGGAAACCCGGUACGCCAGGAACACCUGGAACGCCAGGAACGCCAGGAACGCCGGGGACGCCACCGCACCCAGGUUAUCCAGGUACACCGAUUCCUCCUGGCACACCACCUCAUCCUGGUUAUCCAGGAACACCACCACCACAACCUGGUUACCCUGGUACACCUGGUACACCCGGAAUCCCUGGACAUCCUGGCCCGCCUGGAACCCCAGGCACGCCGCCACAUCCAGGAUACCCAGGGACACCGAUCCCACCUGGAAAACCACCUCAUCCUGGUUACCCUGGACCACCACCUCAACCAGGAUAUCCAGGGAAACCCGGUACGCCAGGAACACCUGGAACGCCAGGAACGCCAGGAACGCCGGGGACGCCACCGCACCCAGGUUAUCCAGGUACACCGAUUCCUCCUGGCACACCACCUCAUCCUGGUUAUCCAGGAACACCACCACCACAACCUGGUUACCCUGGUACACCUGGUACACCCGGAAUACCUGGACAUCCUGGACCUCCUGGAACACCAGGCACGCCGUUACAUCCAGGAUACCCAGGCACAUCGAUCCCACCGGGAACACCACCUCAACCAGGAUACCCUGGUACGCCCGGUACACCGGGGACGCCUGGUACGCCGCCACAAUCUGGAUACCCAGGAAAACCUGGAACGCCAGGCGUACCUGGACUUCCUGGUACGCCCGGUACCCCAGGAACGCCACCACAACCAGGAUAUCCAGGCACACCGAUUCCACCUGGCUCACCAUCUCACCCUGGUUACCCUGGAACACCACCACAACCUGGUUACCCUGGUACACCUGGUACACCCGGAAUACCUGGACAUCCUGGAGCGCCUGGAACACCUGGUACGCCGCCACAACCAGGAUACCCAGGGACAUCGAUCCCGCCUGGAACACCACCUCAUUCUGGUUAUCCUGGAACACCACCUCAACCAGGAUUCCCAGGGAAACCUGGUACACCUGGUAUACCAGGCCUGCCUGGUACUCCUGGUACUCCUGGGACGCCAGGAACUCCUGGGUCGCCACCACAAACAGGAUUCCCAGGUAAACCUACCCCUCCUGGCACACCACCUCAUCCUGGUUAUCCGGGUACCCCACCACAACCGGGUUACCCUGGUACACCUGGUACGCCCGGAAUACCUGGACAUCCUGGGACGCCUGGAACGCCAGGGACACCAGGGACGCCGCCGCAGCCAGGAUACCCCAGUCCACCUGGAGAACCUGGAACUGGUGGUACACCAAGUAUUCCGCCAUAUCCUCCAUAUCCUGGACAUCCUGUCUCUCCAGGUAUUCCUGGCAGCCCCGGUACUCCGGCGACGCCUGGUUUACCUGGCCGCCCUGGGAAACCAGGGAAACCUGGUAAACCUCCGUUUUCCGGAUACCCGCCGCAUUCUGGAUAUCCUGGAAGCCCAGGUAGCCCUGGGUAUCCGGGAUCUCAAAUACCAUCCCAACCUGGAUAUCCUGGAAUUCCUGACGUGCCUGGAUCCCCUGGAUAUCCUGGGUCUCCUGGAACUCCCGGUUUUCCAGGUUAUCCCGGAUAUCCCGGAGCACCUGGUACGCCAAGUGCACCUGGAUAUCCUGCUACACCAAGUAUUCCUGGUAGUCCUGGUAUUCCGGGCAUCCCCGGUGUCCCUGAAAAACCUGGCAAACCAGGAAAACCUGGCAAACCUGGUAAGCCUAGUAAACCUGGUAAGCCUGGUAUUCCCGAUUCUCCACCUGUUUCACAUCAUCCUGGAUACCCUGGUAUACCUAGCAUUCCUGGGUCACCUGGGUUACCUGGGACACCCGGUAUACCUGGUUCCCCUGGAAUACCACCGCAACCAGGUUUUCCCAGCACACCACCAGAAUCGCCUGGCAAACCUGGUAAACCCGGCAAACCUGGACAUCAUGGAUAUCCUGGAAGUUCACGGCCGAAUGAGCCGCAAUAUCCGCCAUAUCCAGGAUAUCCUCCUGCACCUGAAGGUCCACCUGGUGGUGUAGGCCCCGAUGGUCCAAAUGGUCCAUGGCCCAACGGUCCGGAUGGUCCUCAAGGUCCAGGUGGUCCAGGAGGACCAGGAGGACCAGGUGGUCCUGUGGGUGGUGAUGGAGGUGUAGGAGGAGUAGGUGGUGAUGGACCUCCUGGGCCAGAUGGUCCAUGGCCUACCGGUUCACCCGGUCCAGAUGGACCAUGGCCUGGAGAUCCAGAUUACGUCCCUGGAGCAGUACCAACGACUCGACCUCGAUACGAAGGACCAAUAAAAGUUCAAUAUCCGAUCAAAUAUUUCGAGCCAACGACGCCAACCAGCUACGACAGUCAAUAUUAUAGAGACUUUGGGCAGAAGCAAGUCGAACGAUUAACUUCUAAUUCCAAGUUCAAGUCGGAGUAUACCAAAAAUCGCACUUUUGCUGAAAGUUACGAAAAGAAUGUCGAAUCCACAGCUCUGACGUAUCCAACUAAGAUAAGCAGUCCUUUCGGCUUGAAGGACUCACGGUUCAAAGACCAAUCUGUGAGACUCGGUUACCAGCCAGGGCAAGUGAAUCAAAAUGCGGACGAGAUUAAUUCCUUGCUGCAGGCACAACGAAAGGAGUCCCGUAAAUAUAGCGAACAGGAAGAUCAACGUAGCUUCGAAGAGGUUAAGAAAAUCGUAUCACAGGGUCCUGGACGGGGAAGAUUUCAACAGAGUUCUCGUGAGAAUCGCAAAUAUCCGCAACAAGUCACGAAAGUGAGUGAACCGAUAAUUCAGGUAGAAACAAAUCGUGAGGGACUGGCCAAUGUAAAUUAUCAGCCACCAAAUGGAAAUAAUGCCGCCCUUGUCAAACAGGUAAACGAAAUGUACAAAAAGUCCUUCGAACCAAAUGUCGAGUUCGCCGCGAUCGGUGUUCAGCCCCCGAGCCCGAUCAACAUCAAGCCCUAUCAGCAGUCUAUAGGGCCAGAUCCGCACACCUGUCCUUGUUACCUCGUCGAGCCGAGCAAUGAUACAGCUAGUACCACGAGCACGACAUCCAUUCCUCUUAUCGGUCAGCUUGGCUUCAUUCCCGUGGUAUUCGUACCAUACUGUCCAGGUGACGACGAAACGGACAGCCAAAACAUGAAAGACAUGUUCCCCUCAGCGAUGCCUGUCCCAUAUGCAUGCGAUGCAUGCGGCUUGCGAAGCGGAACAGUCGAAACGAAGCUUCUCAGCCUGAAUCAGCUUGGCAAUAUAGAGAACCUUCGAGAGGCGUUGCGGCAAGCAAAACUUGGUUUGUUGAAUGUUUCAGCUCGCGGUCGAAUUGAAAGGAGAAGGGCGAAGAGUCGGAACGUCAAGUGAAGAAUGCGACUGUAAUGCACGGGGUUUAGCUCGUCAC